AUGGUACAACUUCACCGCACGAGCUCACCAACCAGGAUAUCUAUCGUCACAACCGUUUUGACAGACAUCCUUGGCGCCACAAACUUCCUCCACAGCCACCGCUGGAUACACGGCGAUCUCAAACCCGGCAACAUUGGCAUCCGAACAUGGACCACCGAGUGCAUAUCUCUAGUGCUGCUCGAUCUCGACGAUGCCGAGGAAAGCCCUUUCCCAGGUAGACAUCACCCUGCUCGGCCUGGAACCGGCGGAACGAUCGGAUGGCUAGCACCUGAGCGAGAGAUGACGGGAUAUAACGAGCUGGCUGAUAUCUGGAGUAUUGGCGUCAUGGUCAUUGAGAUGAUUUCGGGGCGGCAUCCGUGGCGACAGGGCAAGAAUCCCUGGAGACCUGGCUCUGAAGCUAGUGAGUUGCAGAAAGAGUUUCAAGACAUGUAUGGAGAAGCAGUUGAUGCUUUGAACAAGCUUCAUGAUAAGGCUUUGAGGAACGCUGUUAUUGGCAUGGUGCGGCAUCCGUAUGCUGAAACGUCGGCACAACGGCAAUCAAGACUUACGGCGAAAGAGGCCCUGAGACUUCUGGGUCAUGCUGAAGAUGAUGAAAACGCUAGCAAGCGACAAAAACGGCUUUGA